AUGGGAUUCGUAGAGGAAAUUAAUUGGAGAACAUAUCAACCAAAUGUGUACUUCAGCAGUGUAAACGCACUAAGUGCAACAAGAAGUCGUAUUGGCAAACAAUCAGCCUCAAAUAGCUCUAAUAGAUCAAGCAAACGCAUUAACUACUCUUUAACAGAUCUAGAAAACAAAAUCUACAACCAAAACGAAUCAAAUGGCAACGGUAAUUCCGAUAAAAAUCAUCUUGCAGGGGGGCUGGAUCGGUAUUCGCAGGCGGAACUAUUGAAAUCGAAUAAACGGUUCAUGGAAUUAGAUACAGAAAACUUCUCUGAAAUUAGAGGUGUGCCGCACCUCAUGAGUGUCAUUACAGGAGUGCAUAAAGACCGAAUUGAUGAAGCGAGUAGUGGAAUAUCCGGGAGUUCUGCUGCAGGCCAGACUUCGUCUGUUAACAGAAGGACCAAGUUUGAACUACCUAAAAACAUGCAGCACAUGUAUCGAUGUACCAGACCGCCAGUUCCAAAACGAAAGAAUACAAACCGUAUCAUUGCGCUAAAAAAAACUCUAUCUUCACGGAGGCAACUGAGCAGUUACCUGGAUGCUCUUGAUAAUCUUAACAGAAGUAUCAUAUACAAUAAUGUCUACAAUAAGAAGUUCCUAAAGGUGUUGCCGGUAAUUACGGUGUGCUCCAUUUGCGGAGGGUAUAAAGGCAUUUCAAGUUGCGUCAGAUGCAAGGAUAAGAUUUGCAGCUUGAAAUGCUAUACAUUGCAUAAUGAAACAAGGUGUUCGAGGUAA